AUGGAAAAAAUUUAUUUCUCGGAGCUGGAAGAAUGCUGGAAAUUACUAGGAUAUGAAAACGCUUUACUUUUAUCCGCAUGGGCAAAGAACUUUUUAACAGAUUUAAUGUAUGAUUUGAAUUUUGGAAGGCGCUGCUAUUUUACGGUGAAUUCAGUUAUGGAAGAAGCGCUCAUAUUCUUUUUUACGUCGCCUGAAUUGGUAUGGCGAUAUCUUUUCGUCCCCCGUACCCAACGAUAUCUCGUGAACCUUUGGCAUAGAUCUUAUGAAAGAUUUAUUCGUCAACGUCUUGAUCAACGAGCACAAAGUGGUUAUGACUCUAAAUUAAAGCCGGAUGCAUUGAAUCUACUUCUUGACUUGAAAGAAGAAUCUGCUAAUGGUGGUGACAAUUAUCGCAUGGCUGAAGAAGAUAUUCGGACUCCUUACAAAAAAUUAUGA